AUGAAACUCAUGUUGGGAUUGUUGGGACUGGUGUGUUUGAUGGCUGUGGCCCUCGGGGCUGGCAACGAUGAUGAAGACCUCUUCACUGCUGAGUCUGCCAAUCGAGGAUUCGGUCAUGGAGGCUAUGGGGGAUAUGGAGGCCUGGGGGGCUAUGGAGGUUACGGAGGCUACGGUGGCGGCUAUGGAGGCGGUUAUGGAGGUAAUUUUGACUUGCAUCUUAAGGCUAUGGGGGAGGAUUCGGAGGUUUCGGACAUCAUCGUCCCCAUCAUUUUGGCUGAAGAUCUUACCCUUUCUUCAUCUUUCUCAUCUCAUCGAUCAUCCCUCUGCCAUUCACAUUGCCGUUCAUGA